UAAUAAAUGAGAUAGAUGAAUCAGAACUUGAUAAUGUAUUGGAAUCGAUAAAAAAAUCAAUAGAGCAGCAUGAUUCUAAUACAGUAAUAUUUAGUGAAAAUGAUCCACAAUGGAUUAAAUUAAUGUCUACAAUUCAACAAUUAUCUGAUAAAGAGGUAUCAGCAGCAAGUCAUCUUAUUGAAACUAUGCGUUAUUCAAAAGAUUUAAAUGCAAGUCAACUUCUAUUACCAUAUAUUCAAAAGAAAGCAUAUAAUUUUAUUGCUGAUAGCUAUUAUAAAUACCAAUUAUCUAAUGAAUCUUUAAAAGAUGCAAAUUAUAAACUUGAGUUGGAAAAUAAAAGGUUUGAUUGUCAAAUAAAAAAGUUAAUUAGAAAGACAAAUUCACUUGAAGCACAAGUAGGACAUUUGCAUAAUCAAAAAUCACAGCACAUCUCAGAAAUUCGCUCUCUAAUUCGAAAAUCUUCAAUAUCAGAUGCUGCAUUUAAAAAUAAAAUAAAAUCUCUCUUUAUGAUCAAUAAACGAAGUUAUUCCUCCAAUAUAGUUUGGCUUGCAACUAGUAUUACACAAAUAGAAGAAACAUCAAUGCGCUCUUCAAUUGAAUGUACUAAAUUAAUUUACGAAUUUUUAAUUGUAUGGAAUGAAAAAGAACAAACUCCUAUUGUUAUUAUGGCAAGUCUUAAAGAUAUUCCAAAGUGUAACAGUGAGACAGUUUCUAAUAUAGUUGCUCAAUCAAUUCAAGAAGAUGAACUUGAUACUACUAAAUGUAUCUUAUGGGUUACUGAUAAUACAGCAUAUAUGGCAAGUAAUAAAAAGGGUGCUGUAGCUCUUUUUAAUAAAAAAACUGGCACAAAUGCUCUUCAAAUUGGUUGUGAGCUUCAUAUUAUGCAAAUUAUACUUAAUCACUUUGAACAAGAAGUAUUUGGCAAACUUUCCAAUUCUACUGGAUUUUCUCAGAAAUUACAUUCAUAUAAUCUCUUAUAUUUGGCAUGGCAUUUACAUGAUGGCUAUAAUUCUAGUGAUAAAGACAAACCUUUAAAUCUUAAUGCAUCAAUAAUUAAAGAUUUAUAUGAUAAAUUAAUGGGAUUUUAUUAUAAUCAGUAUCAAUUGCCCUCUGUUCUCGUUGGACGUCUUUUUGAAUUAUGGUUAUCUAAUUCAAUACUUAAUAUUCAAAUAAAAUGCUUAGUAAAUUUUGCAGAACAUUUUUAUGAACCAUUAGUACAAUUCAUAGUAGGUCAGGAUCCUAAUCUACGUAUAAUACAAAAUGGAAAAUUAGAAAAAUUGCCCUUUGGAAGAAGAACACAUGAAAUGCCAGAUAAAAUAUAUGAAUGGAAAGAUUUUCUUGGAAAUCUCAAAAAUAAUGUAGAAAUGUUUUUUGCUGAUGAAUUAUCUGAAGCUAUUGAAAUAUUAUCAAAUGAUGAAUUUAGAGAAUUAUUCAAUGGUUUAGAAAAUGGAAUUAAUAAAGCUUAUGAAUAUUUUGAAAAGUGGUUGGAUCCAUGGCUUCAUUUACCUUUAGUUAUUUACCGUCUAGGUGGAAAUUCUGCACAUUUAUUUGCCAAUAGUUUUCAUUUUAUGAUUUUAAAAAGAGAUUGGAAUAAAACACCUACAGAUUUAGAAUUAAUAUUUGCAAAGGAUUUAGAAAAUGACAUUAAUUGUGGAAUUGGCAAUACUUUUGGUUUACAAGAAAUGUUAUUGU